AUGGCGCCCCGGGGGCCCCCGCGCGCCCCGAAGGGCCCCGGCCCCGCCGCCCGCGCCCCGAGCCCCGGAGCGCCGCCGCCACCGCGCUCGCGGCCGCCCUGGCUGCUGCUGCUGCUGCUGCUGCUGGCCGCCUGCGGGGCGGCGGGGCGCUCCCCCGAGCCCGGGCGCCUGGGUCCCCGCGCGCGGCUGGCCCGGGAGCCGCGGAGUGCGUCCGCCGGGCGCGCGCUGCCCGGAGGCGGCGAAGAGGGACCGGCGCGCGGCGCCCGGGGUCCCGCUCCCGGCCGCGCUCCGGGUCCCCGCGAGGACGGCGCCCCCGCCGCGGGCCAGGGGCGCAGGGCGCGGGCGGCGCCGGCGGCCGGAGCGGCUUCGCGGGCGCAGGUCUCGCUCAUCAGCACGUCGUUCGUGCUCAAGGGGGACGCGACGCACAACCAGGCGAUGGUGCACUGGACGGGCGAGAACAGCAGCGUGAUCUUGAUCCUGACGAAGUACUACCACGCAGACAUGGGGAAGGUUCUGGAGAGUUCUCUGUGGCGGUCUUCUGAUUUCGGGACAUCCUACACCAAACUCACCCUCCAGCCGGGCAUCACCACCGUCAUCGACAACUUCUACAUUUGUCCGACCAACAAGAGGAAGAUCAUCCUCGUGAGCUCCGCGCUCAGUGGCCGCGAGCAGAGCCUCUUCCUGAGCACGGACGAGGGCGCCUCCUUCCAGAAGCAGCUUGUCACCUUCUUCGUGGAGACCCUGGUUUUCCACCCCAAGGAGGAGGACAAAGUCCUGGCCUGCACCAAGGAGAGCAAGCUCUAUGUUUCAUCCGACCUGGGGAAGAAGUGGAAUCUUCUGCAGGAGCGCGUCACCAGAGAGUGCGUGUUCUGGGCUGUGGCUGGGGUGGACAGUGACCCUGACCUGGUGCACAUGGAGAUCCAGGACCCCAGCGGAGGUUUUCGCUACGUCACCUGCCAGAUCCACAACUGCUCUGACAAGACGCUCACGACCCCGUUCGCAGGCCCCAUUGAGCACAGUUCUCUGACCGUGCAGGACGAUUACAUCUUCCUUAAGGCAACCUCAACAAACCGGACCAAAUACUAUGUCUCUUAUCGUCGCAAUGAAUUUGUCCUCAUGAAGCUGCCGAAGUAUGCGUUGCCCAAGGACCUGCAGAUCGUCAGCACAGACGAGAGCCAGGUGUUCGUGGCCGUGCAGGAGUGGAACCAGGCAGACACCUACAACCUGUACCAGUCGGACCCGCGAGGACAGCACUACGCACUGGCGCUGGAGCAGGUGCGCAGCUCCCGGCAGGCCGAGGACAGCGUCCUCAUCGACAUCCUCGAGGUCAGAGGGGUGAAAGGAGUCUUCUUGGCAAACCAAAAAAUUGAUGGGAAGGUGAAGACGCUUAUAACCUACAACAAGGGCCGCGACUGGGAUUACUUGAGGCCACCCAGCACAGACAUGAAUGGAAAACCGACCAACUGUCAGCCUCCGGACUGCCACCUGCACCUGCACCUGCGCUGGGCAGACAACCCCUACGUAUCGGGCACUGUGCACACCAAGGACACCGCCCCAGGCCUCAUCAUGGGGGCAGGUAACCUGGGCUCGCAGCUGGUGGAGUACAAAGAAGAAAUGUACAUCACGUCGGACUGCGGGCGCACCUGGCGGCAGGUGUUUGAGGAGGAGCACCACAUCCUGUACCUGGACCACGGCGGCGUGAUCGUGGCCGUCAAGGACACCUCCAUCCCCCUGAAGAUCCUCAAGUUCAGCGUGGACGAGGGCCUGACCUGGAGCACCCACAACUUCACCAGCACCUCGGUGUUCGUGGACGGGCUGCUGAGCGAGCCAGGGGACGAGACGCUCGUCAUGACGGUCUUUGGCCACAUCAGCUUCCGCUCCGACUGGGAGCUCGUCAAGGUGGAUUUCCGGCCCUCCUUCUCCAGGCAGUGCAGCGAGGGGGACUACAGCUCCUGGGACCUCGCAAACCUGCAGGGCGACCGCUGCAUCAUGGGCCAGCAGAGAAGCUUCCGGAAGCGAAAGCCCACGUCCUGGUGCAUCAAGGGACGGAGCUUCACUGCAGCGCUCACGUCCCGCGUGUGUGAGUGCAGGGCCUCGGACUUCCUCUGCGACUACGGAUUUGAGCGUGCCCUGUCCUCAGAGUCGGACGCCAACAAGUGCUUUGCCAAUUUCUGGUUUAACCCGGCGUCUCCUCCCGAUGACUGUGCCGUGGGACAGACCUACACCAGCAGCCUUGGGUACCGGAAGGUGGUGUCCAACGUGUGCGAGGGAGGCGUGGACCUGCAGCGCAGCCGGGCGCCCGUGCCCUGCCCCCUGACGCCGCCCCGGGGCCUGCAGGUCAGCAUCCGCGGCGAGGCGGUGGCCGUGCGGCCGGGCGAGGACGUCCUGUUCGUGGUGCAGCAGGAGCAGGGUGACAUCCUGGCCACCAAGUACCAGGUGGACCUCGGGGACGGCUUCAAGGCCAUGUACAUGAACCUCACGCUGACCGGGGAGCCAGUCCGGCACCGCUAUGAGAGCCCUGGCGUCUACCGCGUGUCUGUCCGGGCAGAGAACAUGGCAGGGCACGACGAGGCGGUGCUCUUUGUCCAGGUUAACUCCCCCCUGCAGGCCCUCUACCUAGAAGUGGUUCCUGUCAUUGGCAUCAACCAGGAGGUGAACCUCACAGCCGUGCUGCUGCCCCUGAACCCUAACCUCACCGUUUUCUACUGGUGGAUUGGCCACAGCCUGCAGCCUCUCCUGUCCCUGGACAAUGCUGUGACGACACGGUUCGUGGACGCGGGGGACGUGCGGGUGACGGUGCAGGCCGCCUGUGGGAGUUCGGUGCUACAGGACUCCAAGGUGGUCCGUGUGCUGGAUCAGUUUCAGGUCGUGCCUCUGCAGUUUUCCAAGGACCUGGACGCGUACAACCCCAACAUUCCCGAGUGGAGAGAGGAUGUCGGCCUGGUGGUCAGCAGGCUCCUCGCCAAGGAGACGAGCAUCCCCGAGGAGCUGCUGGUGACCGUGGUAAAGCCGGGGCUGCCCACCCUGGCCGACCUGUACGUGCUGCUGCCCCCUCCCAGGCCCACCAAGAAGAGGAGCCUCACAAGUGACAAGAGGCUCACAGCCAUCGAGCAGGUGCUGAACGCACAGAAAAUCAGCUUCUUCCUGCGGGGCGGCGUCCGCAUCGUGGUGGCCCUGAGGGACACUGACACGGGAGCUCGGAGGCUGGGAGGAGGCGGCGGCUACUGGGCCGUCGUGGUCCUUUUUGUCGUCGGGCUCUUCGCCGUGGGAGCGUUCAUCCUCUACAAGUUUAAAAGGAAACGCCCUGGCAGGACUGUGUACGCCCAGAUGCACAAUGAGAAGGAGCAGGAAAUGACGAGCCCCGUAAGCCACGGUGAGGACGUCCAGAGCGUCAUCCAGGGCAACCACUCGGGCGUGGUCCUGGGCAUCAAUUCCCGCGAGAUGCACAGCUACCUGGGGAGCUGAGGGGCCGCCCUGCUCGCCAGGUCUCCCCACCGCGGAGGGCGCGGAUCGCGCACGUAGCUGGCCCUGGGGGCCCGCGACCGCCCCGCCUCCAGCUGCCCCGCGCCAGGUGACAGACACCCCUUUUUCUGUCCCGCCAACUCCCACCCACACCCGGCCUGGACCCCUGCCCCAGAGCCCCGCUGCCGCCCUGGGCAACCCUGACUUCUGGUGGCCGAGGCCGGCUCCAUCCUGGGGCCUGGGAGUGGGAGGGGGUGAGUUGGGGGGCUGCCUGGGCCCACACGGCCACUCCUGCCUCUGCGAGGGGACCUGGGGCUUCUCCCCAUGUGGCUUCCUUCCUCCACUCCCACCCACAGGGUCCCACCCAGGCCCCCCUGUCCCAGAGACUCAAAACCACCCUACACCCCAAUCCUGCCCUGACUGUCCCUCCUCUUUUCAAACUUCAGAUCAUGUAAAUACCUCUCUAGGUAGCUGUUUGAGGUUUUUUUGGGUUUUGUUUCACUUGCUAUUUUUAUGGCCAGGUAGUAGCCCUCUGGCUACUUUGCCAACGCCCCGUUCUCGGGAACCCCUUUUCCAGAAUGCCCAGGGCUCCUCCCUGCCUCUCCUGGCUCCAUCCCUCCUCCGGGCCCAGAGGGGCAACGCUCCCUCACACAGGGCUUGCAUCUGGGGGAAUUGGGAUGGGGGUGUCAAAGGGAUUCGGUGCCUGCAAUUCUCCCUCCAGCCUGCAGGAGGCGCCCCCUUCAGACCCUUCCGGCCCCAUGGCUCACCUCCAGCCAGGCCUCAGCCCGUCGUGGGCCAGUCUCCAAGCAGGCGGGAGGGUGGGGAGGCCUCGAGAUGCACCAAGUUUUCUUUGCUUCCUGAUAGCUUUAGGGACCCGUGCAGACCCCAAACCAGAAGAAGUUCAGGAUGUCAGAGCUGGGAGGGUGUCAGAGAUCCUCUCCCUCAUUUUGACGGUGGGGAAGCUGAGGCCCAGAGAGGGAGGUGACUUUCCCGUGGUCACACAGCAAGACUUAAGCAGAGGGGGCAUGAAAACACAGCCCUCUGCUCCCCAUCCCCUGUGCCCAUCACUAUCCCCACAUGGCCUAGAAAAGGAUGCUCGCUGACACCUGCUUGCACAGGUCUAUAGGGGGUAAUAGUUUCACCUUUUGCCUUGAAAAGGGAAGGCUGUCUGUCUCCCCCUCCCCCCUCCUCACCCUCCUCCUCCUCCUCCUCCUCCCGGGCAGGCCCCUUUGUGGCCACAGCCUUUCCCUCAGGGGCAGGGCUUGCCAGGGUCCAGGCUGCUAGCUGGUGGCCGCAGGGAGGACACGGUUUAGAAGAGACACGUGGACAGUGAGGGGGCGGCCCAGGGCUGCAGCCCCAGCCCCAGCGCAGUGCCCAGAACAUGCUCGGCCCUCAGUAUUUGUCAAAAGAACGUGCCCAGGCAGUUGACACCUCCUGUCACCACUGGGAACCCCGAGUCCAGAGGGAGGGAGGGAGUGAGUCCGUCCAGCGUGCACAGCCAGCUGGUGGAGGCGUCCUGGCUGAACCCAAACCCGCUCCCCACCCAGCCUCCUGCCAGCGGGGGCUCCAGAGGUCACCCUGCAAGUUGUCCUCUCCUUGGGGAAGGGAUGGGGACUGGGACCUGGGAGAGGGGCUGGUCAGGUGCGUGCCCAGCAAGAGGCCGCGACCCUCCGGGGCCUUCACCACAGCCCCUGCCCACCUGCUUGUCCCCACCGACACUGCAGCAGCGGCCAGCGGCCUGCUGUCCCCACACCCUGCUGUCCCCUAGCCACUCACCUGCCCGUGAGCUCAGACACACACGGCAGACACCUGUGAGCACAGCCCAGGUCUGAGGCCAGCAUGGAAUCUCCUGGAAACCGUCCCCUCGCCCCUCCUUCAACUCACCAGUGCCUGUGGGUAAUCAACUUUAGGUCUUUGGCCCUCCUCACCCACUGCAUUUAAUUCAGCUGUUUGGGUAGGGUUUUUUCCCUUAGUUAUUUGUGUUUUUCUUGUAUUUUAUGUUAUUUCUAUUAAGAGCAUUUUGGGUGCAUGGGCCAAGGACCUGGGAAUGAGGUGGCAUCUGCUAAACCCACAUUUCCAUCUCCCUGACCCUAAGACACAAGUCCACAGAUUUAUUGGGUUAUGAGUUUGAAGUUCUGAGCGUUUGCCCUGUGGUUCACCGGGCGCCGGGGAGUGAGAUGGCACCCGCUCCUGCUGUCUGGUGUCCGUGCGGCCGGGUUGUACACACACUUGCUGUAUGCACCUAACAAAGAUGCCAUGCAUUCUUUUCUUAUUUUUUCCUUUUGAAAAUCAAUAAAUCAUUUGUGAUGCUUUUAACAAAGA